ACAUUAACACCCUCACAUCUCCAUUAAAAUAAAAAGAAUUAUCCCUUCAACAUUAUGGCUAAAGUAACAAUGUUUGGAGCAAUGUGUUUAGCCAUACUUUUUAUGGCUGUUACAGCUACCAGCUUUCGUACAACAAUUACCAUAGCUGAAGAAGACGUUGAAAACCCAAGGGAACAAAUAUCUCAACGUUGCCAGCAGCAAGUACAAAGGGCACAGAACUUACGUUCUUGUGAACAGUAUUUAAGACAAAGCAGCAGAUUCACUGAGGAAGAAGAAGAAGAAGAAGAGGAAAUGGAUCAACAAACCAGAGACUGGCGCCAAGCAUUCCCAAGGUGCUGUCAGCAGCUAGAACAGAUUCAAGACGAGCAAUGCCGUUGUGAGGGAAUAAGGCAAGUGAUGCAACAGCAACAACAAAGAGGAGAAUUGCAAGGAAGAGAAAGGAGAGAGGCUUUUAGGACUGCCCAAAGCCUACCUGGUUUAUGUCGCAUUGCUCCUCAGCAAUGCCAAAUUCGAACCCGCAGCUUGGUCUAGAGGAUUUUGUAAUAGCCUUGGCUUGCUUGUUUUUAUGAGUAAAAAAAUGAGUGCUACUAGUAAUAAUAAUGAAUAAAUAAUCACCGUUUUGGUGUGUGUUUUUCAGGCAGCUUGGUGUGCUUGUAUUAAUGUUUUUGAGUAAUUAAUAAUGAUGUACUUCCUAUUUCCUUUCUAA